CUUAACUUCGGUGUCAUAACCUGUGAAUCGUGUCGAACCUUCUUUAGGAGGAGUGCCACCAGAGCUCAGGAAUAUGUGUGCUUUUUCAAUAACAAAUGUGUGGUAAACCAAUUGACACGAAAAUUCUGUAAAAAGUGUAGAAUCGAGAAAUGCUUUGCAAUGGGAAUGAGAAAAGAAUUAACAAGAUACAAUAACACAGGAACUGUUAACUGUCUAUCAUCUGAUGCCACGAAUAAUGACCAUUUCACUGAAUCUAUGAUUUUAUAUAUAAGUGAUAGCAAUGAGACUAUAGUUAAUCCGAUGGCUUCUAUACUACGAGAUCUCAUAUUCAACUUCAAUGAGUUAGAGAUGAAUCGUUUGAAACAAUUAUUCACAUCAACCGCUUAUAUGAGAGAUCCAGUCGUGAAGAUAACAUCCAAAGUCGACACAUAUACCGAUACCUCUUAUGAGGGAUGCCAUCGGAUUCGCGAUAGACUCGCAACUGUUGUCAACCCUCUGGUGGCAUUUCUCCUAAAGAAUAUACGACACGAUUCACAGGCCAGGGCACCGAAGUUAGGGCCUAUGGUUACAAUCAAAUAUUUCCGAGGCGAGAGAUCCAGG